UACCGAGCCCCUGUGAUUGACCGGCCUCCUCCCUACUACGACGUAUUUGUCUCCUAUAGUGAGAAGGAUAGUGAAUGGGUCCACCAGCACCUCCUCAAGGAGAUGGAGCAGAGCCCUCCAAUUCUAAACAUCUGCGUUCAUCAAAGAGACUUCAAGAUUGGAGUUUCAGUUAUAGAGAAUAUAGUGGAAUCAGUGGAAAACAGUAAAAUGUUUCUCCUUAUACUUAGCAACGGUUUCCUUGAGAGUAGAUGGUGCAGGUUUGAAACCUAUGUGGCCACUCAUCUACUCAGAGACAAUAUGGACGAUAUUGUUGUCAUCAUGAAGGAGGUUUUGAACCUAAAUCCUGAUAAAAAUAUUAGUUUUCUUAUCCAGACGAAAACCUAUCUUGAAUACUCAGAAACACAGGAGUUUUGGAAUAGAUUAAAAUAUUCUAUUUGCAAGCAUAAAACUUCGAAAGGUCUACCCUCUCAUCCGUCCAAUCCUAGGAACCAAUCCAGGCUCACCUAUCAAGCAGAUAACCCGGACACAUCCAGUCAAUUAAACGAAUAUCAAGAAGUUACAAAAUUAUGAAUAUUUGUUGAAGAACAUGAGUGAAUUUAUUUUAAAAUUCUUGCUGAUGAGUCAUGCAAUAGAUUCAAGAUUUAAGCAGAUAGAUUAAAGGGUAUCAUGCAUUGAUUAAUAACAAUACAGAUAGAACACUAUUUACAAGAUUUAGGGGUUUUUUAUUCACAAUAACCCUGAGAUAGAAGCCCUAAGGAGUUAUGUGUGUGCUGCGUUGAAUUACAAGACAGAGAGAGAGAGAGCCUGUUCUAACUCCUUCAUGGGCUUCUGCCUCAGGGUUAUUGUGAUUUGUGAACGAAAAAACCCUAAAUCUUGUAAAGACGAUGUCUAGUAUUCUAUCUGUAUCAUUAUUAAUCUAUGGUAUCGUGUCAAUUCAUCAAAAUGUAUAUUUAUAAUUAAUUUAGAUUUAUUUCGUACACAAACUGAUAAAAUGGUACAAUAUUAUGAUAAAAAUAGUAACAAAAUAAAGUUUAGAAAUAUUUAAA